AUUAUGUUGAAGAAGGCGAAGAAAAUAAUCAGGCAAUCGUCCUCUGUCAUGGUUUUCCCGAUUUGUGGUACGGAUGGCGCUAUCAAAUUCCUUUUUUAGUGUCGAAAGGUUUUAGGGUGAUUGCACCGGAUCUACGAGGCUUUGGACAAACUGAGUCACCACGUUGUCCGCCAGACGACAUACAUCAAUAUGGGUUCAAGAAUAUCUGUAAGGAUUUAACCGAACUUAUGGAUCAGUUAAAUAUUAAAAAGGCAAUUUUCAUGGGUCAUGAUUGGGGCGGUCAUAUCGUCUGGAGAAUGUGCAUUCAUUAUCCCGAAAGGGUUCGUGCUGUAAUCAGCACCUCAUACAUUCCACCAAACGAACAUUAUCUCAGCAUUGAAUCCGUGGCCGAACUUUUGCCAAAUUUACAGUAUCAAGUUUAUUUCACUCAUCCUAAAGCUGAAAUAGAAUUGGAUAGUAACGUGGAUUUAUACUUUAAGGGUAUCCUACGCUCGUCUAAGGAUGACAAUGUCAAAACUUUUGAUGGUAAUUCCAUGUUUGGAGAUGUUCCUAAUAACUUGGAAAAGAGUCCAAUGAUCACGAAUCAGGAACUGGAUUAUUAUGUUACGCAAUAUAAGGCCAGAGGAUUUCAUGGAGCACUAAAUUACUAUAAAACCAGAAAAGUGAACUUUCAAGAUGAGAAAGGUGCUAGAAAGCAAAUACAUCAUCCUGCUCUUAUGAUUACUCUUGGAGGAGAUAUCUUUCUUCCUCCCUCAAUCACCACGAAUAUGCACAAGUAUUGUAAAGACUUAACGAUAAGUAAUAUUGAAGAUUGUUCUCAUUGGGUUAUGGUUGAACGAACCCAAAAACUUCACGAUAUAAUUGAACCAUUUUUGGAUAGCAUACCACAAAAGGAAAUUCAGAAUACCGAAAAGGGGUCAAGUAAAGCAAAAUCUACAUUUAAAGCUAAAUUUUAA